CGCCGAGGGUUCCCAGGCCUUUCUGACAGGGUUUUGCACAGGAACGGACUUUCUCGAGGGAAAUAGAUGGGCGAAGGGUUGUGUUGUUUCAUUGGCAAUCGAAUACAAUGACUGAAAUAAAAGCGAACGCGAAAUUCAAACACUCCAUGUCUUCCCUUGGAUUAAAGGCCAGAGAGAGCGUGAGUUUCACUCGGGGACGCCUCUCCAGGUGAAGUACUCACCUUUCGGCCAAUAACAAAUAGAAUUGGGAGGGGCUUAAAAAUUUGGUCCAAUGGAAGUCAAGGAGAAAAAAGAAUAGGGGCAGAGAGUAAACCUUAGCAAACAACUGCCCAAUUGGAUUGGGAAGCUCCCAACCAAACCUGGGACUGGCUGCUAGAAAUAGUCGCCACCGGGACCUUUGGGCGGGGCAAGUUUAAAGUGGAUUUCGCGCGCUGAAAGCGUCGCGCUAUUAUUGGCCAGCGACUUCCUCCCUUUGUAGGAGCUCCCAGCGUUGCGGGGGUUAGGCCUUGGGCGGAGCGGCCUGGUGACGCAGUAGCCUUCCCAGCCAAUCAGGGGUGAGAAAGGGAAGCCUAGGAGGAAGCGGAUCCGCUGCCGCGCUGCUAAACCGCAGCGAACUAUCCUCUUCGUCUUCCUCCGCCGCUCUCGGGCCUAAGCGGGAGCGGCCGGGACGGCGUCACUGGGUGGGCUGGGGCGGAAGUGGAGGCGGAGGGAGACGGCGGCGGCCGCAGGGCCUUGGGCUCUCGCGGCGAGGGCCUGGUGGGCGCGAGGCAGGGGGAGGGGGAGGAGGAGGAGCCCGCAGCCCAAGCGGCAGCGGCGGCAGCGGUGGCUGCGGCGCCCGAGUUUCCCGUAGGGCUCCGCCUCAGAGCGGGCGGCGGUGGAGGAGGAGACUGAGGAGCAGGAUGGCGGCCUCGGCCCUGUACGCCUGCACCAAGUGCACCCAGCGCUAUCCCUUCGAGGAGCUCUCCCAGGGCCAGCAGCUCUGCAAGGAAAGCGAAGCGUCUGGCUUGGGAACAGAAUGCUCUAAGAUUUGGAGCUCCUCCCAUCCCAUUAAAGCCGGGAUGCUGUCUGAAUGUCGGAUUGCGCAUCCUAUUGUAAAAUGUACUUACUGCAGAUCAGAAUUUCAACAAGAGAGCAAAACUAACACAAUUUGUAAGAAGUGUGCUCAAAAUGUGAAGCAGUUUGGCACCCCUAAGCCUUGUCAGUACUGUAACAUAAUUGCAGCAUUUAUUGGUACAAAGUGUCAGCGUUGCACAAAUUCAGAAAAAAAAUAUGGACCACCUCAGACCUGUGAACAGUGCAAACAACAGUGUGCUUUUGAUCGAAAGGAGGAGGGAAGAAGAAAGGUUGAUGGGAAAUUAUUAUGCUGGCUCUGUACUUUAUCAUACAAGAGAGUUUUACAGAAGACAAAAGAACAAAGGAAGGGCCUGGGAUCCUCACAUUCAAAUUCCUCUUCUUCAUCCCUCACUGAGAAAGACCAGCAUCAUUCAAAACAUCACCACCACCAUCAUCACCAUCACCAUCGGCACAGCAGUAGCCAUCACAAAAUCAGCAACCUAAGUCCAGAACAAGAGCAGGGACUGUGGAAACAGAGCCAUAAAUCCUCUGCAACAAUUCAGAAUGAAACUCCAAAGAAAAAGCCCAAAUUGGAAUCUAAGCCAUCUAAUGGAGAUAGUAGCUCUAUAAAUCAGUCAGCAGAUAGUGGGGGAACAGACAAUUUUGUCCUUAUAAGUCAACUGAAAGAAGAAGUGAUGUCACUUAAACGUCUCUUACAGCAGAGAGACCAGACCAUUUUAGAAAAAGAUAAAAAGUUAACUGAACUUAAGGCAGACUUUCAGUACCAAGAGUCAAACUUGAGAACAAAGAUGAACAGUAUGGAGAAAGCUCACAAAGAAACUGUGGAACAACUUCAGGCCAAAAACAGAGAACUACUCAAACAGGUCGCAGCAUUGUCAAAGGGUAAAAAGUUUGACAAAAGUGGAAGCAUAUUAACAUCCCCUUAGAGAAAGUAGUUGUUCAUUAGUGUUUCUGCUGAAAAUGUAAAAUUUGAAAAAAAGAAAUUCUGUGAAGCCCUUAAAUUUAGUGUGUAGUGGAAAAAUAUUUUUGCACACCAAAUGAAUUGGUGUGUUUCCUAUUCACUUUUGUAACUGAUAACACAGCAUUUUUUUAAGUUGUAAAACAUUCAAAUAAAACUUCAACUGGUUUGAAGUAACUUUUUAAUUAUUUGAUAUCCAGCAACUUUUUUUUGCCAGCAAUAGUAUUAAACAGCUGUCAAGGAGUGCAUGAAUAGUGCUCUUUCUAAAAUGCAACAUGCAAUAAUAGAGUAAGUAUGGUUUUAAGAAGUCAGAGCAGCAGGGGUUUGGCUUUGAUGUUUAUUUUACACGAUGAUCAUUUCAGAUAAAACAGUUUUCAAUUUAGAAAUACAGAAACUUUUAAACAAAAAAAGUUGUGAACACUGGUUUUUUGGUAGUUGUGUUUUUACUUUUCAUUGACAUGAAUUUAGGAGAGAAUCAUGGUGCUUUUAUUAAAUGGACUUCAGAGUAUAUGUAAAUAUGUUUUUAAAAGUUACAUCGUUAACAUUAGUAAACUAGUAUUUUCGUUAUUGGUGUAGGACUUCAUGUUUAUUGUACAGUAUCCAAGGUAAAAUGUGUUUGUUUUGUAAAAACUACUGUAGAUUUUUACUUACAAGUGCCUUUUUGCCACCUAAUGUUUUUAUUUAUAGGAAUGCUGAUCUUUUGUACAUACUAUUUGUUUUAAAAUCAUGUUUAAUAAAUGUUUGUAUAUAAAUGCAUAUGUACAGAAGCUAUUUCAAAAGGAAAUCAAAAUUGCUAGUAAAAAUGUUUGAGGUUGCAUUAAGCACUGAUAUGCAUCUAGACUUUAGAUGAUUUUGUUGUUUGUUUCUGUGUGAUGUGGGAAGCUGUUGGUCAUUGAAUUCAUUGAAUUAUGUCAAAAUACUUCCCCAAAGAUUUAAUUUUAAAUCACUUCUGAUAGAGUAAUUUUAUUUUUAAUGUCAUAUGGCUUCAUAUUCAUAUUUUGUGAGUUACAUGUUUUACUUUAUUUUUCUUUAAUUAAAAUUUUAAGAAAUUAUAGUUCUGUAGUGGUCCAUAUAUCUGCUUUACCUAUAAUAUGUGGUUAUCUAAGUUAAUAUUUAUGUACACCAUACUUAAUUUGUAAGUUUAAAGCAAGUCUGGAAAAAAUUAAAUAUCUUUUAAAUCAGUCUGGGAUUACCUUUGAAUAAAUUGGAAUCUACUGUAAGAUUUAGGCACUAUUUAUAAGAAAAUUAUAUCAGAGUUUUUUAAAAUUGUCUAUAAAAGAUUAAGGUAGGGUGGGAUAGGUUAGGAAAAGUUAUUGACUAAUUAUAUUCUGAUCCAGUGUUUUUGCCUCCCUGCAAUAGAAUUGAUCUCCUUAGUUAAGGCCAGUUCAGACUUUCAGUUCAAUUUUAAAGUCUCAAGUAUUGCUAGGUAACUGUAUAGAGUAGAAGGGCUCCUUCUCUUAGGCAUUUAUGGGCAAAUACAGAUUUGUUUAGGUAAACUGUUAUUAAACUUCUUGGUUUUGAAGAUUUGUUUUUAAACAAGCAUUGAUUAUGAAUGUUGUAUCAAAGAUCCUCUUUCCUCAGAAGACGGAAUGACUGUAAUAAUUGUUUUUUAACAUGACAUGUUUUAGUCGAUUACUCCUAUAGUGACUUGUUACAAAGUGACAUCAAAUAAUUCUUUGUCCAAUUUGAAAACAUAUAAUCUAGGGCAACUUUCAAGUGAUAGCAAAAUAGUCAGCCAGACUUGGAAAAAUUAAACCAGUUUGUUUUUAUGAUGUCUUCAUGCAAUAAUCUUCCUAAAUUUAGUACUCUCUACAGGGAUGGAUAAUGCCUUCUUAACACAGAUUUUAAUGUUUUUGCAGGAUUUACUAAAUUCAUUAUAUAGUCUUAACCUUUCUUUAAAAUUUAUAGUGUUUGUAUUCUGGUUUCACAGCUAUUUGUCGGUCAUAGUGGUCAGUAUAAACUGUGUUAAUAGUUCUUUUUCCUUGUUGGAGCUGCUACAAAAGAAAGGUGCGCCUUCCCCAAUUUUAGGUAACAGAUUAAAAGUUGAAAUUGGUCUAAACAAUGAAGCUUUGUAAAUUUUGAGGCUAAAACCUUUUAGGGGCUUCACAGUAUUUAGUCCUAAUUAAAUGCCAUCUCUUUAUUCCAUGAGCUGAUUUUAUAACUUAAUUAUUUUGCAGUUGUAUAAAGUAGUACUUGAGUCCCAGUCCUGGAUCUGUAGUGUUAUUGACAUGAGCAGAUAUUCUCUCAAUGUGGACUUGUAAGGAGAUACUAUGGUGUGCCGUAUUGUGCUUUUUAGCCUGUUUUCAGCUAUGGAUUAGCAUUUGCCAGUGAGGGUCAUUUUGGCUCCGGUUAUUUAUGUAUUAAUAGCCUGUGAAUAUUGCAGUCCUUUUUAGAUGGUAUUGGUCUAAAUAUGCAUUCCUCAGUGAACCUGUUAAGCUGUUCAUAUGUAUAGACUAUUGAAAUACUGUACUUAUGCUCAUCUGACUGUUGACAUUUUGUACUUUUUUCUAAAUCCAAUAUUUCACAAUAAAAACUUGUCAAA